AUGUCGCGAUUCAAGCCGACGGAUACAAUGCCGAAAAUGGGCCAUGUGACUGAUCUUCGAGAACAGUGGCUCGUGAGAACGGACGGAGCGUUGGCCCAUCAUCUUCAAGACCGCGAGAUCUCGUCGCAUCUCUGUGAAAACAGGUUCCGUAACCAACAAAUAAGGGAGGAUUUUCCAUUGGCAUUAAACGAACAGAGGGAUAUUGAAUAUGAGUUACGUUUACGAGAAAUGGCUCGACGACGCCAGGACGAUAUAGACGCGGAGAUAGCCCGGAAAAUUGCUGAUAUUAAUAUUCAUAAACAACAUCGUCAUCUUCCUAACCCUAAUCCAGUUCAAGCUCCACAGCCCAGUUCAUCAAGAGCCACUUUUUCCUCCUCACAAAUCGAACUAGAACCGCCUCCUAGUUUGCCUGUUGCUAUCGAUCCUAAAGAGUUAGGUCUUCCACCCAGUGAGAUUAAAGAAAUUUUAAGUCGAUUAGAACAGGAGGAAAGAGAUGCUAGGCUAGCUAGAGAAUUAAGUCAUGAGUCUCAAGGUCAGGAUGCUUUACUUGCUGAUAUGAAGUGUGCAGUUGAAGCCCAGGACAGUGAGUUAGCAAGACUGCUACAGGAAAGGGAGUAUAAAAAGUUACAACGGGCUAAAGAGAAAGCUAGACAAAAAGCUCUAUUAAAAAAGCAGCAGCGUCUAGCUCAACAGGACCCACUGCCGGAACCUCCACAACCAACAUUGUGUGAUGCAUACAGCAACCCUCGAGAUAUAAUAAGACAGAAUGGUUUGCGGCUUUGUAAAUCUGUUGAUUCAGAUUUAAAUUAUGUUGAACCAUUUGAGAAAGAAAGCAUACAAUCAAAGGAAAGUGCCCUUUUAGCCAAAGAAAUGUCAAAGCAAAUGUAUUCCAUUGGAGCUGGAACUUCAAACACAAACCUUCAUGUGUCUCACAAGCACACUAAGUCAUUUGAAACUGAAAAGCCGAGCUCAUCAAGCUCAUUGAACUACCGGCAGCCCCCGCCCCCACCCACUGGUGGGAAGAAGCCUAGAUUCCCAGACCCCAUGAGUAUUAGACCGGCAUCACAUUACACUCCUGACAAUGUGUCAUCUGGCUCGGAUGGCCAAAACACAUUCAUGUCGCAUAGUGUCAGUGAAAACAACAAUUUAUACAGUUCCACAUACCCACCUGAUAAUAUAAAUACAUCACAAGUCGGAGAGAGAGUGGAUCCGUCUAAGAGAUUGUCGGUAAUAUCAGAUAUUACAGCGGAAGGUCUGGCUAAAAAGAAGAGCAAGCAGGCUGAGAACAAAAAGAAAAAAGGCUGCAAAAUUCAGUAG